GAGGAAUUGAAGAAAUCAGGAGCCUUUGAAGCUACAAAAGACUUGUCUGAUGACAGUGGUGGGGAGAGAGAUGAAGAAGAGACCGAAUUCAUGAAAAGUGAAUACGCAACUUUACCUGUUAGGGUUGAUUUGGCCUGGCCUGAGAAGAAAGGCAAUGGAGAUGAGGGCAUGGAGCAGUGUGACCUUUCUGAAAGCAGUUCAAGGACAUCAAUAAUUGAGCCAUCUAGUGAUUUUCAAGAAUUUCAGUCAGCAGCAAGUGAUGAAAGUAGAAUUCUGGUAACAGCUGCUGAAAUCCACAGUAAGGAUGGAACAAAACAGUAUAAAAGUAGAACAGCAGCUGAUUCAUCUGAUGCUUUUGUUAAUGUUUUAGUUAAGCCUUCUCAAAUCGAUACACCUAGCUUCAGUCCAACAGGAAAUAUUCAGCUUGCAGAUGAAAUUAGUACUUUGCCUGAGAGUGGACAGUCUUCUGCAUUUCGAAGUAGCAGUGACCCAAUUUUUGGAAAUGAAGCACAGAAAGUAUUUCUUGGAACCACAGAUACUACUGUUGAUGUUGAUCCUGGAAUUGAAGAUCCUUCACAAAUGUUUCCAAUGCCUAACCUUGAAGAAGUACAACCAGCAUCUUCAAUCACAUCCUCUGCUGAAUCAAAAGCAGCUUGGUUAUCAUCUAGUGUUUCAGGACAAGGUCAACCUCGACUGGCAACUUUUCGCCCAAUAUCUCCAAGAGCUGCGUCUCCUGGAAAGCUUGGGAGUCCUAUGACCCCUGAUUCUGGAGAUGAAACAAAUGGACGCUCUCAGUCAAACCAAUCUACUCCGAAACGUAGUAAAACUUUGUUAGGAGUUGCUCCGCCUCAAGUUCCUCCCAAAUAUCAGUCACUAAGGAAUUCCAGAGGUGCUGAAAGUCCUAAGGAGGAGCAGCCUGGUCAAGGUCAAGGUACCAGUAGUGGUAGUGUUGGAAGAAAGCCAACAUCAGGAUCAAAACAUAUGUACUUGGCCAUCAUGUCCUGUAUGUGCUUACUUAGCCUUGCAGUUGGUGUUUACAGCUAUGGGAAUGAAAUUACUGAAACUGAAAUAAUAGUUACAGUAUCCACUCCAAGAAAUUUCCUUUUGAAUGAUUCUGCAAUAUUUUUCAGUAUGAAUAAAACUAGUGAUCUGAAAAUAUUCGAACUUCCUCUUAAAGUUACUUGGUUUG